CUGUAUUGCAAGCGAGUGAAAAAAGGGGGAUAGGAAAAAAAAUUUUCCCUUCGCAAAUUGAGGAGUGUUUUUUUGUUAUUUUUUUAACAUUUAACGAGAAAAUAUUAUUGGUUGAACCUCAAAUUUCCAUUUUACAUGAACCAUACGAUUCGAGAAACUAGCUGUUUUACACUGGUGUUUAUGCAUUUGACGUUAUUUUGGGAUUAAAGUGAGCCAUGUCUUACCCACCUCGUCCACCCGGGAUGAACUUGACGCCUGGCCAGAUGCCGGUACCUCAAUACAUGACAGGUUACAUUCAAAACAGACACAUGAUGCCCGCUGGGAUGCCACCAGGAGGCAUGAUGAUGGGGUACCCUCCUAUGGGUCAUCCUUCCCAAAUGUCAGGACAAAUGCCACCGCAGAUGCAGUCUCAAAUGCAACCUCAAAUGCAACCACCCCAGCCUCAGAUGUCACAAGGUCCGAGGACACAAAAUCAAAUGCAACCUGGCUCCAUGCAGCAGUCUCCCACUGUCAUUUCUAGGGGUCCCAGGCCUGCCAAUGAAGGUGCUGGUCCAUCAGUCACCGUAUUUGUGGGAAACAUCACAGAUCGUGCCCCUGACAACAUGAUGAGGCAGAUUCUUCAACACUGUGGUUCUGUUGUUAGCUGGAAAAGAGUACAAGGAGCAUCUGGUGUUCUUCAAGCCUUCGGUUUCUGUGAAUUCAGCAAUCCAGACCCAGCUCUAAGAGCGAUUCGCUUGCUGCACGAACUGGAAAUUGGUGAAAAGAAGUUGGUGGUGAAAGUCGAUGCCAAAACGAAAUUAAUUCUUGACACUUACAAAGCUGACAAAAUCAAAGCUGCUGGUGGAGGAUCGACCAAUGGCGAUGACGAAUUCCUUACACAGGAACAACGAGUUCAAGACAAAUGGGUUAAGGAACGAAUCGGUCAGACUCUCAAGGACUACGAAUCGGAAAUGCAAGCUAAUCAAGCCAGAGCCGAAGAAAAAGAAAGAAGAGAACAAGAUAAGGAAAAAGCUAGAGCGGCCAAAAAGGAAGAAGCCAAUAGUUUGGAUUUGAACAAAUUCGAAACUGAAAUUGAAGAAGGAAAAAAGGACUUGAUUACCCGUGAAAUAGGAAAAUUUCGCGAAAUCGCCAAAAAGCAAGAUGAAGAAAAGGAAGCUGAGCGUAAGAAAAGGAAAGAAAAAGAGCGUGAUCGCGAGCGGCGAGACAGGGAAAGGGACAGAGAACGUGAUAGACCAAGUGGUAGGGACCGCGGUGGUAAUGAUAGAAAUGAUCGCGACCGAGACAGAAUUUCGGAUCGAGACAGGAAUCGCGACCGAGACAGGAGACGUGAUAAGGAGAACGAAAAUCAUCGGCGGUCACGAACUCCACCGCAAAGAUCACGCACCCCACCUGGACCACCGGCUCAGCCAAGCACACCGCCCCGAAGAAGUAGAUCUCGAGACCGAACCGAAGUGGAGGCUCGCCCGCCACGUCGAACAGAAAAAGAUUAUUUAAGGGAGAAGGAAGAAGAAGAAGAAGCUCUGGAGAGGAAGAAAGCAGAGAAGAAGGCACGAGAAAAAGAAGUUGCUUAUCAGGAACGGUUGCGUCACUGGGAGAGCCGAGAACGGAAGAAGCUCCGUGAUUACGACAAACUCGAGCUCAAGGAAAAGGAAAGGAUUGAAGAACAACAGAAACAAGCCGUUUGGCUCAAACAGUUCCUUGAAGACUAUGACGACGAAAGAGAUGAUGCAAAAUACUAUAAAGGCCGUGAAAUGGAGCGCCGGCGAACAGAGCGUGAGAGAGAAACGGAAUCAGACACACGUGACCGUCAAAAGGAGAAGGAAGAGCUCGAGGAACUCAAGACGAAAAUUUUCUCUGAGGGCCACUCAGAUCCAACAGCAACUCUUAAACAGGCUCUUUACGAAAGGGAACAACAGUACAAGCCUCAGAUACUCGUGCCAGCACCUCCUGUUAGUGAUGCUCCCCGCUCUUUCUCUCCCAUGGACGUGUCUCUACCAUCACAACCAUCGGACGUGGAAGAUUUCCAGUUGACGAAAGAUGUCAAUUCCACCACGCCCGUCUCAUCAGCUCCAUCCACUCCAACCGGACCAGAACCUAAAACAAUUAGCUCUAGUGUUGCGAGCAGUGUCAUUGCCAUGGAAGAGGAUUCCAUGUCAACAACGAAUUCCUUAAGUCCUCUUCCAACUGAAAGUGACAGCAAACAAGGAUCACAGGGACCCAGUUUAGUAUUCAAUAAGCGGAAAAAGCUGGAAAUCAAAGCCGUUUUCAAUGCUGAUGAAGACGAUACAGACACGACCAAGAAGAAACGGAAACUUGUACCUCUUGACUAUGGCGAUGAACUUGCUAAAAAGGAAAAAGAGCCCAAGAACACAGAGGAGAAGAGAAAAAAUAUCAAGAGUCUUAUCGAGAAAAUUCCAACGGAUAAAGCAUCCCUCUUUGCUCAUCCUGUUGAGUGGAGCUUAGUGGACAAUGUGAUAAUGGAGCGGCGGAUUAAACCGUGGGUCAAUAAAAAGAUCGUGGAGUACAUCGGAGAGCCCGAGCCUACUCUAGUUGAAUUCAUUUGUUCCAAAGUAUUGAUAGGAAGCCAACCACAAAAUAUCAUCAAUGAUGUUCAGAUGGUACUUGAUGAAGAAGCAGAGGUCUUUGUUGUCAAGAUGUGGCGCUUAUUGAUCUAUGAAUUAGAAGCAAAGAAAUUGGGUCUCAUGACUAAGUGAAAAGGGGUGAUUGCAUUGGGUCUCUAUUUUGCAAUUGGUUGUUGUUACAUUCACCCCAUAUUAUGUACAACUAAUUACACAGCAAUUUGACAAAAA